AAAAACUGAAACCGAAAUGGGCGGCAGCUGGCGAAUGUGUAUUUUGGUGUUGCUGUUUUCUGUGUUUGUCAUUUCUGUUAACGGAAAAAAAAGUGCCUCCCCCGGAUGCAGAGUGCGUCAGUUUGGAAAAAGGCUUGAUUGCAGGGGGGCCGGAUUGAGAAGGAUACCGAGAAUGAACAAAGGGAUACUGAUAGCAGAUUUCACAGACAACCUUAUAACACACUUGGCCAAAGAGGAUUUGGAACACCUCAGAAAGUUACAACAAGUUUAUCUAAAUGGAAACCCCCUACAUUGCGACUGUAAUCUAGAGUGGCUUAGGCUUGGCCGGAAGAGUCUGCCUGUAAUUCAAGAUGUGGAUAAUAUUCAAUGCAAGACACCUUAUCAUCUUCGAAACAAACCUCUGAACUCUCUUUCUGACCUCUGUAGUAAUGGUAGAAUUAUGCAUGAUCGCAAAAAUUCUUUGCCAGACGACGAAAAAAAUGAUAUAGCAGAGAAUGAAGAUGACAGCAAUAAAUGCAGCAAUAACGAUGAUUGCCCUUCUGGAAAAGUUUGCACUAACAAUAAGUGCCAGUGUAAGGACGGCUACCACGCCGAGGAGGGGGGUUGUGAGGACGUAGACGAAUGCCAGAGGGGAUCUCACAUGUGCUCAGAGCUCACUACUAUAUGCAAGAACACUGUGGGAAGUUACACCUGCAAGUGUUCAGAAGGUUACAAAAUGGGGGACAAAGAAUGUAUUGGUCAGUAUGUGCGCUAA